ACAAUUAUACCACAAUUUGGAUCAGGUUUUCAUGCACAAAAUUAGUUUUGUCUUAUGCUGCUAAAUCAAUACGAAUAGAGAGAUUAUGGGUUAUUUGAUGAUGAGAGUAAGAUAUUGGGGAAAGGAGAAUGAAGGAUCUUCAAGAAAGUAAUUACAUAGAGCUUUUAUUUCCUUUAUGAGGGAUCUUAUAUGUAUAUUGGCUAAUGCAGUUAUGGAAAGUAUUUGGAAAUGGCCAAGAAGAUGUUCAUUAUUAUAGGAUUGA